AUUCAUCCAAUUUCUCAUAAAACUAUCUGAUAAAGAGUCUUUAAAAUUAAUUUUGACACCAGAAAAUACCAUUUAUUGGUAUGAACAAGAUGCUAGAGAUACUUGGAUAUCAAAAAUCGCUAACAAAUUAGUGGAACAAGUGGUUAAAGAAAAGAUCACAUCACAAAUUAAAGUAACAAACACUUUGACACCUACUUCAAAGAACAAAAUUUUACCAUCUGCAACGAUCUCGACCAAAUAUACUGCUUCUAAAAGUACUGAUUCAGCUAUUCUAAAUGAAAAUGGGUUGAAAAAUGGUGCUUCAGUAGAUGAAGGUUACAAAGAAAAGGUUGGAGAAUUGAAAGAACUUAAGGUUCAACUGGCAAAAAGAAAUGAAAUUGAUGAGUCUGUUAAACCGCAAGACAACAUUUUAGAUAAUUUGAAAAAGGCUCAUGAAGAAGAGACUCUUAAGAUUCAAAAAGAAAAGGAUGAGGCUAUCUUAUCAAAAGAAUCUGAUAUAGAGGCUCUUAAAAAGGAAAAAGAAGGCGAGAUAGAAGCUCUUAAAAAGGAAAAGGCU